AUGGAGGAGGUGAUGGAGGAGGUGGUGGAGGAGGUGAUAGAGGAGGUGAUGGAAGAAGUGCCGGAGGAGGUGCUGGAGGAGGUGAUGAAGGAGGGGCUGGAGGAGGUGAUGGAGGAGGUGAUGGAGGAGGUGAUGGAGGAGGUGAUGAAGGAGGUGAUGGAGGAGGUGAUGGAGGAGGCGAGGAAGGAGGUGAUAGAGGAGGUACUGGAGGAGGUGAUGGAGGAGGUGAUGGAGGAGGUGAUGGAGGAAGUGCUGGAGGAGGAGGUGUUGGAGGAGGUGAUGGAGGAGGUGAUGGAGGAGGUGGUGGAGGAGGUGAUAGAGGAGGUAAUGAAGGAGGUGAUAGAGGAGGGGCUUGAGGAGGUGAUGGAGGAGGUGAUGGAGGAGAUGAUAGAGGAGGUGAUGGAGGAGGUGAUGGAGGAGGUGAUGGAGGAGGUGAUGAGGAGGCUCCGCUGCAAAAACAUGCAUCAUUUUUCAGAGCAGGACGUCCACAAAGGCACAGCUUUGUGCACGGCGAGGGGUCCGGCCCGCAAUAUUAUAUACAUAUGGUGGGGGGGGGGCAGGAGGAGGCCAGGGGGGAGGCCAGAGGGGAGGUCUAAGGGGAGGUCUGAGGGGGGGGGGAGGCCAGGGGGAGGUCCACUCAGCAUGAGGCUGAGUUUAGACACAGAAUAUAAAGUAUUCAGAAUAGUUGCAGAGGAUCUGAACCCGGCAGUUUCUGUGGCUUCACCAGGGCAGGUGUGGCUUCACCAGGGCAGGUGUGGCUUCACCAGGGCAGGUGUGGCCUCACCAGGGCAGGUGUGGCUUCACCAGGGGCAGGUGUGGCCUCACCAGGGUAGGUGUGGCCUCACCAGGGUAGGUGUGGCCUCACCAGGGCAGGUGUGGCUUCACCAGGGUAGGUGUGGCUUCACCAGGGCAGGUGUGGCCUCACCAGGGCAGGUGUGGCUUCACCAGGGGCAGGUGUGGCCUCACCAGGGCAGGUGUGGCCUCACCAGGGUAGGUGUGGCCUCACCAGGGCAGGUGUGGCUUCACCAGGGUAGGUGUGGCUUCACCAGGGCAGGUGUGGCCUCACCAGGGCAGGUGUGGCUUCACCAGGGCAGGUGUGGCUUCACCAGGGCAGGUGUGGCCUCACCAGGGCAGGUGUGGCUUCACCAGGGCAGGUGUGGCUUCACCAGGGCAGGUGUGGCUUCACCAGGGCAGGUGUGGCUUCACCAGGACACGAGGCCUCACGCACCGCAGCCUCACGCACGGAGGCCUUACGCACGGAGGCCUUCGCACGGAGGCCUCAUGCACGGCCUCACGCACAGAGGCCUCACGCACGGAGGCCCCACGCACGGAGCCCUCACGCACGGAGGCCUUACGCACGGAGGCCUUACGCACAGAGGCCUCAUGCCUCACGCACAGAGGCCUUACGCACGAAGGCCUCACGAGCUCUAG